AUGGAGGCGAUUGCCAGCCUUCUGGCAAACGGAAGCGGCAUCACCCCUCUCUGCGAAUCGCGGCUGGCGAACGAGACCUUUUUCUGCUUGGAGCGGCCCCCUCCUCCCAAAGAGUGGCAGCCAGCGGUGCAGAUCCUCUUGUAUUCCCUGAUAUUCCUGCUCAGCGUCCUGGGGAACACACUGGUCAUCAUGGUGCUGAUUCGGAACAAGAGGAUGAGGACGGUCACCAACAUCUUCCUGCUCUCGCUGGCGGUCAGCGACCUUAUGCUCUGUUUCUUCUGCAUGCCCUUCAACCUCAUCCCCAACCUGCUCAAGGACUUCAUCUUCGGCAGCACUGUUUGCAAGACCACCACCUACUUCAUGGGCACUUCUGUGAGCGUCUCAACCUUUAAUCUGGUGGCCAUAUCGCUGGAGAGAUAUGGCGCGAUUUGCAAACCCCUGCAGUCCCGGGUCUGGCAGACCAAGUCCCACGCGCUGAAGGUGAUUGCGGCGACCUGGUGUUUCUCCUUCACCAUCAUGACGCCGUACCCCAUUUACAGCAACCUGGUGCCUUUUACCAAGAACAACAACCAGACGGCAAACAUGUGCCGCUUCCUGCUGCCAAAUGAUGUCAUGCAGCAGACCUGGCACACGUUCCUGUUACUCAUCCUCUUUCUUAUUCCUGGAACUGUGAUGGCAGUGGCCUACGGACUAAUCUCUUUGGAACUCUACCAAGGCAUCAAAUUUGACACUAGCCAGAAGAAGUCUGCUAGAGAAAGGAAACCCAGCGAGGGCAGCGGCAGCCAUUACCAGGACAGCGACGGGUGUUACCUGCAGAAGCCCAGGCGCCCCAGGAGGCUGGAGCUGCAGCAGCUCUCCACCCGCAGCAGCUGCCGGGCCGGCCGCAUCCGGAGCAGCAGCUCAGCGGCCAACCUGAUGGCCAAGAAGCGGGUGAUCCGCAUGCUGAUGGUCAUCGUGGUCCUCUUCUUCCUCUGCUGGAUGCCCAUCUUCAGCGCCAACGCCUGGCGCGCCUACGACACGGCCUCGGCCGAGCGCCGCCUCUCGGGCGCCCCCAUCUCCUUCAUCCUGCUGCUCUCCUACACGUCCUCCUGCGUCAACCCCAUCAUCUACUGCUUCAUGAACAAGCGCUUCCGCCUGGGCUUCAUGGCCACCUUCUCCUGCUGCCCCGGCCCGGGCCCCGCCGGAGGGCGAGGAGAGGUGGGGGAGGAGGAGGAGGGCAGGACCACGGGGGCCUCUCUGUCCAGGUACUCCUACAGCCACAUGAGCGCCGCCGCCGCCCCGCCACCCUGA